GUUUUUUUCACAUAUUACAAUAUUAAUGAGUCUGUAUGUUGCAGCAUGAGACAGCCUCUUGUAAAAUGUUUGACCAUCUGGUGAAAUCUAAUAAACUGGAACCGUUGAUGGAGAAGUAUGGCUUGGUGCUGUCCGAGGACCUGAUCUUCAUCAAAGAGAUGAUUGAACCUAAGAAAGUCACAGAUCCAUGGCCAUAUAGAGGCCGUGAGAAAAACAAGUCCUUCCUCUAUGAAAUCGUGUCCAACAAAAGAAAUGGUGUUGAUGUGGACAAGUUUGACUACUUUGCCAG